AUGACAGGAAGGCAGCGAGAGCUUACUGUCUUCAUGUACAAUUUGCAAACCAAGUCCUGUGCUAAUGUUGAAGAAAGGUCAAAGAAGAAACGGUUUCACAUAGAAGAAGAGACUGUUCAGAUCAGAAUUCCAUCAGUUCGUCUGAAGAUGAGUGACACUAACACUGAAGUUGCUGAUGCUGUUGAAGGGCCUUGCAGCAACAGUGAUCCAAAAUGCAGGCAAGGAAGCGGUGCAUGCUCAUCUCCAAACUCUCAGUUGUGUCAAGGGGAUGAUGUACCAAAAGCUAACAGUGCUAAAGAUGUUCAAAUUGGAAGCAAGAUAUGCAUGAUACAGAAAGGAGAUUGUGAGAGUAGAGAAGUUGAGAAUCUUGGAGCCUCUUGCAGGCAAGAGGUGGAUGAUGACAAGUGUGAUCCUAUCUUGUCAGAGCCAUCACAGGCUGUUACUCUGGUGAUUGACUUCUCCAAGCAUUCAAGUGCCAGUAAUGUGACCCUGAACUCUGAAGAGCAAAACGAUGCUGCAGAGGAAAAGAGUGAUGAAGGAAUUUCGUAUUCUGCUGCAGCUGUUGUUGAAGUGGAUAUGAGGAAGGCUUGCUGUGAGGCUCAAAACAAAGAUUUUAUCCAAGAGUGCCAGCCAGUCAAAGAUGAUUGUAUUGAAGUACAAGACUUUACAAAGACUAUUCAGGACAGUCAGGUCAUGGAAAAUGAAGAUUGUCAGCUGAAUGAAAAUAAAGGCAAAAUUAAACAAGAUAGUGAUGCUAAAGGCAGAGAGGAGGAGUCAUUUCCUUCAUCUAUGAAGAGUGAGGGGAAAGCUGACUGCCCCACAGCAAAUGAAAGCAAAAGAAGUUCCCAAUCAUCCCCAAGUGCAGAGACUGAGAGCAUUUCAUUUCCACAGAUUGAGAAGCAAGGAUCUGACACAGUGAAGAAAGAACUGAAAGAUCCAGGUAAAAAGGAGAGGAGAAGAAGAGAGAAAAAAGAAAAGAAUAAAAAGAAUGUAGCUGUGAUAUCACUGCGCAGCUUCCACCAGAAAAAGAAGGAAGAGCAGGACCCAAAGUGUCAAGGAGAGGAGAGAGAAUUGAAAGUUGAGGCCAAGAAAGAAGAGAGAGGAAUUUCAAGUGAGAAACCUGAUGUGGUGCCCCAAAAGUAUGGCAAGGACUUCAUGGCUCGGCAUGGGAUCAACGUAGUGGAAGUCACUGCUAAAGAGAAAGAGGCAAACUUUAAUGUCUCUGAUCAUGUUUACUAUGCACUGAAGGAAGAGAUGAUCCACUUCAAUCGCAAUGGUCGAGAUCCGAACAAGUGGUUCUAUAACUGCAAUGUUUGUCCAGAACAGAUGAAGAGCCUAGUCAUCUGUCAGAGGCACAUCUCUUUGCAUAAACAUCGAACAAAGUUGGAGGUCAGUUCUUAUGUAGUCUCUCUUAGAGCAGUUUUCUGUUCAAUCUGCUUCAACGUGAAAGAGCCACCAUUGGAAGUACAGAGCAAGGUGUGUUCUCUCUUGAAGGUGUAUCAUCUAAAGAACACCAUCAAGAUGCUUCCUUGUCCUCGCAAGAAUCACAUUGAAGCAUUGGACAGGUUGCUCCACAGUGUUGAAGCACAGUUUGGAAUGCAUGAACAUCAUUUGAAAGAACGGCUUCAGGUCGCUGAGGAAUUUUCAUCUCUAAUUGAAACUCACAUGAAAGGUUGCGAAAUCCAUAUGUAUGGAUCAAGCCUUUCAGGCCUGGGACUUGUGACAUCAAAUCUGAACUUGGAGAUUGAGGCCAAAGAAAAGAGUGAAGCUUCAAAGAGACUUGAAGAUUUAUUAGAAAUUGUCAAGCAACACAAUGACAUGUAUAGAGAGGUUGAACAUGACUUCAAAGGUACACCAUAUGUCAGCUUCAAACACUGUAAAUCUGGAAUCACAUGUGUGGUGAACAUCAGGAAUGGAGCAUCCCUGGAGACAAGCAAACUCCUGCGGGAGUAUGCCUCUCUUGAUCCUCGGGUGAAGACCCUCACUGUUGCCUUGCGGAGAUGGGCCAAGCUCUGCAACAUUGAUCAGCAGUCAACUGGCACUCUCCCACCUCAUGCAUACACCAUCAUGGUUGUUCAUUAUCUCCAGCGGACUCAACCACCUUGUCUGCCCUGCCUUCAUGAACUUGCAUCUUCUGAAAAUCCAAACAUUUAUGCUUGUGCUUCUGACUUGCCCACAAGGCAGUGGGUGUGCCACAAUAAGGAAUCAGUAGGAGCACUUUGGCUCUCAAUGAUCAAGUACUUAGCUGUCACUCUCCCACAGAGCAAUGAGAUCAUCACCAUCCGAACCAUGCAGCGGGUGAGCUACAGAGAUAAGGGUUGGUCUCAAAAUCGAAUACCUAUUGAAGAUCCCUUCAGUCCAAAGCAGAAUCUUGGCCGCUACAUCACUGGCAAUCAGGUCAAUGAGUUCAUCAUGAGGCGAUUCCAAUUUGCCUUUCACUACUUUGGGAUCCCACAUGACAUGGAUGGGCCAUUGUUCAGGUUCAUCACAAAGGACCGUGCACUUGCUGAACGCAUGGCAAUUCGUGCCAGGAAGGCUGCUGCUAAGGAAGAGGAGAAUCAUGAGGAACCUGAUGACAAGAGUGGAUUAGCAAUAAAUUCCACCCUGGUGGCUGAUGGAGUUCCUGGAAAGGAAACUGUGCUUGGUUCUGUAGACCUAGUACAACCCAAAAAUGUACAAGAGGAAAGAGGAAUCACAUCUGCAGCUAAAGACAACUCGUCUAACAUACCUAUUGAUGAGCCCACUGUGAUAAAAAGCACUUGUUGCAGCCCAGGAAAUGAUUCCUCUUCAGAACUUAUUGAAGCAGGUAUAUCAGGUGAGACUGAAAGACUUUCAUCCCCUGAAACAAGUGAAAGCAUCUCAGGUCCCAUGAAGAGCUCAGAGGAAAUGUCUAAAAGUGAUACAGAAGCUCAAGAGAAGAAAAAGAAGUCUUUGCCAAAGUUGGGAAUCAGUGAAACCAGUCCCAGGUACUUGGUCUUGUUUGAAGAUGCCUUGCAUGCGAUCAUGCUGGCAGAGGACAUCGAAUUCAACUUCACCUUCUCUGGUCGGGUUCUGAGCCGUGGGGAGGUCCCCAUGGUUGUCUGCAAAUUCUGUCUCGAGGAAGGACACAGCAAGAAAGUGUGUCCAUCCAGGGUCCUUCCCCCCAUUGUACCACUCCCAUCGAUGCAGCCUCAAUGGCGCAAGAUGCUCGACCAGCUAUGCGAGCGACAGAUAGAUAAGUGGUCUCCAACUCAAGAAGAUAUUAAUAGUCGAGAAGUAAUUCUGAGGAGGUUGGAAAAGUACAUUCAAGGAUGGUGGCCAAAAGCACGCCUAAAAUUGUUUGGCUCCUCAUGCAAUGGAUUUGGUUUCCAACACUCAGACCUGGACAUAUGCCUCACAUUCACUGAUGACCCCACUGGAGAGCAUGUUGCCCUGGAAUCAACCAUUGAAGUCCUGGCUGACAUGCUGAAACGGAAUCUUGAGUUUAAGGAUGUGAUUGGCAUCACACAGGCCAAGGUGCCGAUUGUGAAGUUUGUUCAUAUCCUAUCCAAUCUGGAAGGUGACAUCAGUCUCUAUAAUACCUUAGCUCAACGUAACACUUUACUCCUCCUCACAUAUGCCUCAUUGGACAAGCGAGUGAAGGCCCUUGGAUACACAAUCAAAGUGUUUGCCAAAACAUGUUCUAUGGGAGAUGCAUCUCGAGGCAGCCUCUCAUCCUAUGCUUACAUCAUCAUGCUCCUACAUUUCCUUCAGCAGAGAGAUCCUCCUGUCAUACCUGUCCUCCAGGAGCUUGAAGAUGCAAAAAAUCUGAAAACUAAGGUGAUGGUUGAUGGGUGGGAUACAUACUUCUUUGAAGAUACUCAUCAACUGGGAGAUGUGUGGGAUGGUUUCAAGAUGAAUGUGGAGAGUACUGGGAUGCUCUGGGUGGGUCUCCUCGACUACUAUGCACGAGUUUUUGACUUCGACGAACAUGUCAUCACCAUUCGGCAGAAGAAACCUCUUACCCGAUUUGAAAAGCUUUGGACAGGAAGUGCUAUUGCCAUUGAAGAUCCCUUUGACUUGAGCCAUAACCUUGGGAAUGGAGUCUCCUUCAAGAUGGCUCUGUACAUCCGCAAGGCAUUCAUCCGAGCAAGGGAAGUCUUUGGGACACCUCAAGACAAGUUACCAGAUUCAGUGAAAUAUCCUGAAGACUACUUCUUCAUGAGGGGGUCACUGACAGAUGAGCAGCCACCAAAUGACCGGGGCUGUCGGUACUGUGGCUGCAUAGGACAUGUGAUCAGGGACUGCCCUCAUCGGUUGGCAGAAUUGAGGCGAAAGAAAGAGUGGGAUCGUCAGUUCUACAGAGAACCGCAGCAGCAGACACAGAGAUAUGAUGCAACUGCUGCCUCUGCAUUCAAAGUUGGAGCUCCUCUGCUGAGAUAUGAGGCUAGAAAUGCAUCAAUUGUCACUUCUCACAAGGGAAAACCCAUUGAUAAUCGAGAUGGGAAAAAACUGUCAAAGAAGGGAGGUGAGAAACGAUUGGAGCCCAACCAAUCUACCAUCCCAGAGAAGAAGGAUGAGAGGCAUGGAAAGAAGGCAUAUGGUACCCCUGAAAGUACAGGUGGUGAAUCCAAGCCACGGUCAGAUGUAUUCUGGAAUUCCAGCUUUCCGCCCCAGUUUCAGGGAUCUCCAAUGCCCCUGGUCCAAGGUUUGCCAAUGAUGCAGGGUCAGUGUGCCCUAGGCUCUCCCAUGUUCCCAUUGCUGAGCCCUUCUAAUCCAAGUGUGAACCAAUAUGUGCCUUUCUACAAUCAACAUGUCCCGAGAUUUCCAUUCCCUCAGCUGGAAUCCUAUGUCCAACCAUUCCCUUUUUCCAUGCCUGUUGCAAUGCCUCCAUCCAUACCAAAUCCCCUACCAAGUGUUUCAGAUUCAAUGGCUUCAAUUGAUUCUGCCAUCAUUGACGUGAAGGUUCAGCAGCAACCGACUCCUGGUCGAUCGAUUGAGGAUUACAUGGAUGAACUCUUCCUCAUGCGUGCCUUUGGUCUCAUGGGGGUCUAUGACAUCAGAAGCGUGAAGAUAAUCAAAAACAGGUACACUGGAAAACCAAUAGGUUAUGGAUUCAUCAACUUCUCUGAUGAUGAGGCUGCUUUGUCUGUGAUGCAGAAGGUCAAUGGCAAGAUCAUUCCUAACUCCAGACCUCCGGUGAAGUUCCGACUGCACCACAGCAGUGCAACUGAGAGGAAUGCAAGCGAGGCAGAGCAUUCCCUGUGGGUUGGGGAGCUCACUGCAGAGGUUGAUGACACCUUGCUCUACAAGACUUUCGCCACACGAUAUCAAUCCCUUCGCACUGCCAAAGUGAUGGUGGACCAGAAUGGUGCAAGUCGAGGCUAUGGCUUUCUGCGAUUUAGUGAUCCUGCAGACCAUCGAGACUGCCUCAAGCAAAUGAAUGGAUUUCGGGGUCUGGGUGGCAAGCCCAUCAAAGUCAGCCUGGCCAUGAUGAAAAAGAACACUACAGGCACAACAGUAUCUUCAACGCCAUCCACCACAACGCAGUCACAAUACAGCCAGUACUAUGGAAACUACUGGGGAGACACAAGUGGAUGGGGGGCAUAUGGAGCAUACUCCACAUCCCUGUAUGGCACAGGUGGAGCGACUGGGGCGUACGACGCCGGGAGCUCGUAUGGCCCGCACCUGCCUGAAACCCCCAGUGCAAAGGGAGACAUCUCACUAGAUGACAUCCUGGACAGUGGUGUUUAUGAGGAUUCCACUCUCAUCGACCAUACCUGCCCCAUCGAUGUGGAUGCCAUGAAUCAGAAGAUGAUCGAGAGGAGCGAGGAGUUCUGGGAUGCCCUGGAUGAAUCCCGUUGGCUUCCCAUUGAGAACACCUGGGAUGCUGCUUUCAAGUGAUCUCACUCUCCUUCCACCUCUUAUGCUCAUCUCAUUCUUUUUUGUAAGGAAGUUGGGACUUUGUAAAAAUCUCUGGGGAUGGAUUGCACUCAAAUAAAAUUUCACAGUUGUCCCCUG